GGGCGGCAGUUCGGCGGCGUCCUCGGCUCCGCGCGGCCCGGCGCAGCUCAGCGGCCCCGGCCAUGGAGUCCUACGAUAUCAUCGCCAACCAGCCCGUGGUCAUCGACAACGGUUCAGGUGUGGUGAAGGCUGGUUUUGCUGGAGAUCAGAUCCCCAAAUACUGCUUCCCAAACUAUGUGGGUCGUCCAAAGCAUGUCCGGGUUAUGGCUGGGGCUCUGGAAGGAGAUCUCUUUAUUGGACCAAAAGCGGAGGAGCACAGAGGAUUGUUAUCCAUCCGGUACCCCAUGGAGCAUGGCAUCGUCCGGGACUGGAAUGACAUGGAGAGGAUCUGGCAGUACGUUUAUUCCAAAGAUCAGCUGCAGACAUUCUCGGAAGAGCAUCCAGUUCUCCUGACAGAAGCCCCGCUAAACCCCAGCAAAAAUCGGGAGAAGGCUGCUGAGGUUUUCUUCGAGACCUUCAAUGUUCCUGCUCUCUUUAUCUCCAUGCAAGCUGUCCUCAGCCUUUACGCCACAGGCCGCACGACAGGAGUGGUCCUGGAUGCAGGGGACGGAGUGACGCAUGCGGUGCCCAUCUACGAGGGCUUCGCCAUGCCUCACUCAAUCAUGCGGGUGGACAUCGCUGGCCGGGACGUUUCCCGUUACCUCCGCCUGCUGCUACGGAAAGAAGGCUAUGACUUCCACACCUCGGCUGAGUUUGAAGUGGUCAAGACAAUAAAGGAGAGAGCCUGCUACUUGUCUAUCAACCCUCAGAAGGAUGAGGCCUUGGAGACGGAGAAAGUGCAGUACACACUGCCUGACGGAAGCACUUUAGAUGUUGGUCCAUCCCGGUUCCGAGCCCCGGAGCUGCUCUUCCAGCCAGACCUUAUAGGAGAUGAAAGCGAAGGGAUCCACGAAGUACUAGCAUUUGCCAUCCAAAAGUCGGACAUGGAUCUCAGGCGGACGUUGUUUGGAAACAUUGUCCUAUCUGGGGGAUCCACACUCUUCAAAGGUUUUGGGGACCGGCUGCUUAGUGAGGUGAAGAAACUUGCUCCAAAGGAUGUCAAAAUUAAGAUCUCUGCUCCUCAAGAGAGAUUAUAUUCCACGUGGAUUGGUGGCUCUAUUCUGGCCUCCCUGGACACUUUCAAGAAGAUGUGGGUGUCCAAGAAGGAGUACGAGGAGGACGGUUCCCGGGCUAUUCAUCGGAAGACGUUCUAGGGCAGGGGCGGGGGGUGGCAGCGGCAGCGCAGCUGGCGUCUGUGGGCAACUCAUCCGGAUCGUGUCUUUUCUCUCUUAACCCUUUCUCGUCCAGAGCUACCCCCCUGCUGGUGGGGGCCUCUUCCUGCCUUCCUCCUGGGCCUCACGCUUUCCUGUCUUAGUGCCCUGUCUGAUGCAUGUUGCUAGUGCACCCCCCACUUGCCAUGGGAGGGAAGUGCCGCCCCAUUCUGAGGCCUUGGCUGUGCUGGAGGGCGGCAGCCCCGCCAGGAAGGGAGCUCCAAGGUCCACCCCACUCCAUAGCGAUGUUGCUCUCUGACCUGGUGCUCGUGCCUACCUGCCAGGUGGGUAGAAAGGCUGCUUCCCUUGUCUCGGAGCUGCUGUGCACCCCCAUCUGCCCUGCCUUAUGGGAUGGGGCCUGUGUGUUCUGCAGCUGGCUGGAGAAAUUGUGGAUGAUCACUUGCCCCCCAGAGGAAUAAACCACUCCAUUUCUGGUGGCUGCAUGGGGCAGCUGGCUUGCCCGCCUCAAGACUAGGUAGGACGUGUCAACCUGCAGACCCCUGCCUCUCGAGCAGUGAGACAUGCCGAGCAUCCUUUAGCCAGCCUGUUGGAGAGGUCUAACGUCUGAGGAACCUUCAGGGUGGUCAGUGCCAGGAUCUCUCCAUGAUGGAUGAGGAACUGGUCCCUCAGCAGAAGGAUGCCUCCUGGAGGCUUCCCCACUACACUGCCCUGGAGAAACAGAAGUGAGAAAGGGUCGGUAUCUCUUGGUGGGAGAGAUGUGCUUAGGUAUAGCUAGGGAAACAGGAUGGGGAGCGUCGUUCCUCUAGCUUGUCCAGCCUCGGGGGAGUUGGGUUAGCAGGAGGGCAGACCUGGUUGGCCAGGAGCUCAUGAGGAGCAGGGUCUGCUGGUCCAGGAGGCUGAUGGUUCCUGCAGUCUGGCACAGCAUGCAAGGAAGGCAGAAAGUGCUGGUCCGUUGUGGAAGGUGUUGGGGAGGUCAGCUGCCUCCAACCUGGUGCCCUCCGGCAGUUGCAUUUCUGCCGAACUGGAGGGCACCAGGUUGGGGGAAGCUCUCGUAGGUGCCCACUGGCCCAGGGUCACCUUUUGAGAACUGUGGCUCUUGAGGAAUGAGAGAGAAUGUCGAGAGCCAGCUACUGUUCACUGAGGGCUCGACGGGAGAGGGCUAGGGUGGCCACGCUCAAGGGCAUUUGGGUGAGAAGAGCUGGUCACCAUGGAAGCUGCUUUCUCAGCCCGGCCCUCUAGUUCUGGAGCUGGGAAGAACUUGUGGAGCAGUGAGCAGGUUACCAGCUGGUUGAGAUAAGGAGAGGGAGAGCACUCAGCUCCUGUGAUCUGCCUACUAGGCAUGCCAACCCCCAGCUUGCACUGUCGCCAUCCCUCACAGAUGGGGCCUGGCCCUUUGUGUCCAAGUUUGGCACUUGGUUCCACCUUGGGGGGGAGAGCGCCCCCGCCCCCAGCAUUGGGCUUAGCUUCUCUUCUGUGUUGGAGUUCCCAGCCAUUCCUCUGAGGGAGUUCGGGGUGGUGUUUCCUGGCUCAUAGCGUACGGUUCCAUUAAAAGAAAAAGAAAACUUGUCAGGCCUUGCUAAGCAGCUACAAAAUCAAGCAGCGGGGCUUGCAGUACAUGGGGGUUUCUCUGGCUGCUAAAGGAUCCAGCAACUGUUCAUCUGCCUUCCACUGACUUGAGAUGCAUUGCCGAAGGCUUAGCCUUGGAUUGGAAAGGGUUACAUUUUAUUUUUAUGGAAACCGGUUAAUUUAAAUGAAACCCCUGCUGGGGGGGGGGGGGUGAGGCUGUGUCCCUCAAGGGCAGCACGCCUGCUUCCCGCAAGAUGGUGUACAUAUCUUGGCUUCUCCAUCUACGGCUAUCUAUACCAAAUGGAGGCAAGACCCCCCCCCCCCACCCAAAAGCAAACCACCUCUGGGCUGCAAUGUACAAUAAUUUAACACAGUUGCCUGUAUUUUUAUUUUGUAAAUUCAUUAUAGUAAUAAUUAUAAAUUAACAGCCAGUGGCUCUGCA